AUGGUAUCUCCCCUGCCAGGUGAAAAGGAAAAAUCCAUGUUUGCCACUGAGGGAAAUGACAUCAUUCUACCAUAUAGCUUUGAGGCAUCUGAUGACUACUUCAGAGUAACCUGGACUUGUACUCCAAAUCCGGGACGUGUGGCUACCUUUCUAGUCAAUGAGGGGAGGAUCACAGAUGUAGGCCAAGAUAGAAAAAUGAAACUGUUGCCAGACUGCUCUCUACAGAUUAACAAGCUGAGAAGAGAAGAUGCUGGAUUGUAUAUCGGUGUAUUAAAAAAUGAAAAUCGUCAAUAUUUAUUAUUGAAUAUUCUUGAGAUCUCAUCAUCACCUCACCUGGAACCAUUUACUGUCGGUACAGCUGUGACUUUGUCCUGCUCCCUGCAUGGAUAUGAUAUCUGCACAGUCAUUACAGAGAGAGAAAUCAAAUUUACGUGGUUUCAUGAGAAUGGCAGUGAGCUAAACGGAGAUACCAGGUACCAUAUUCAUCAGAAUAGGUGUCGGUCUGCUCUGACUGUGACUCUGGAUCAGUCAGACCACAACAGGAAGUGGACGUGUCAGCUGACUGUGGAUGGGAGAGUGAAGAGCUCAGCCAGCUACAUAACCACUGUCUCUGGAACCGACAGCUUCAGCACUGUCUCUGUGGGGCUGACAGGAACCGACAGCUUCAGCACUGUCUCUGUGGGGCUGACAGGAACCGACAGCUUCAGCACUGUCUCUGUGGUGCUGACAGGAACUGACAGCUUCAGCACUGUCUCUGUGGGGCCGAUGGCCACGUCACCUUCUCCAGGUGGCACUGGAAGCGUCACAGCCAUACAGCUGCCAAUCCGACUGGCUGUUUUUUUCUUUAUUCUGGCUCUGCCUCUGAUCAUUGGAGCUGUAAUUUACACCAGGAAGAGGAUCCGGCCAAUCAGAGACCAAGUGUCCUCAGGGACUGAACUUCAUGAGUAUGUCAAUACAAAUAACAAGCCCUGAUUCAUCAGCACUCCAUCAGUGUGAGACCAUCGAGCACCUGCCGAGCGAAGCUUGUGAUUGGUGGACACAGAGAUGGU